UUAAAUAUGCGGCUCUGCAUCGGUGCACUGAAACAGCUCAUGUGCUGGUGUGUGGCGACAUAACACACUGAACGCAGACUAAUCAGCUCGUCCAUCUUUGGAUCUGUUUCAAUGUGAUGCCCCUGAGGCCGACUCUAACUAGAGACUGAAAUCUGCCCUCGGAGCACAGAAACUGUUCGUCCUGGUGAGGGACACUGGCCCCGAUGGCCAAGAACACGCUGUCUUCGCGAUUCAGAAAGGUGGACAUUGAUGAAUUCGACGAGAAUAAAUUCGUGGACGACCACGAUGAGGCUGCCGACCAGCAAGGACCCGAUGCGGUGGAAAUCGACAACCUCAUCAGGCAAGGGGACAUGAUGGGAGCCCUUCAUAUUGCUCUUAGGAACCCUCCAAUCAACAGCAAGAACCCAGCAAUAAAGGAAAGAGCCCAGGCUGCGGUAUUAAGGGUUCUGACAUCAUUUAAGGGCAGCGAUAUAGAGCCUGCUGUUAAAUCUCUCGACAAGAAUGGAGUCGAUCUCCUCAUGAAGUACAUCUACAAAGGCUUCGAGAGGCCCACAGAAAAUAGCAGUGCCAUAUUGCUGCAGUGGCAUGAAAAGGCAUUUGCCGUUGGAGGACUAGGCUCUAUUGUUCGAGUUCUGACAGCCAGGAAGACCGUAUGACUGCCUGACCGGACCUGAAAGAGUGACGCUAAGAGACGCCGAGGACACGAGGCAGGUUUGCCUGUUACUUAAAGGAAAGGAGAAUAGACCAUCGUUUUGAAUGCUACUGUCUUGAUGAAGAAAAAUACUAUGAACUGUAAACGUGAGAGAAACACACUCGAGGCACUCGUUUCAAACAGAAAAAAAAUUUGCUUGUGUAAAAGUGAAGUAACAUUCUUAUGUCAGUAUAUCCUAAAUGAUUCUAUGAUAUACUGGCAUCUAAAAGCUUUCAAUCCGACAUGGUUACGGUGUGACAUGGUGAAUACAGCAUACUGCAUAUUUAAGAUCAAGUGAGUGUGAGCUAGUACAUGUGAGGCUGUUAUUGGAUAUGAGGUGUUUUCUGUGCUAAAAAAAAAAUAGAUUUAAUCAAUGUUUUAUUUUCUUAUUUUAUUUCACAUCUUUGGUCCCAUACUCUUAUGUUUUUGUGCAGAGAUUUAAUAAUGGAACCAGUGAUGUACAUACACCAAAGUGGUAGAGUGGGGAUCAUUGUAAAGUGCCUGCUACAAUAAAGUAAACGGAUCUCCUUUAUGUCGUCA